AUGAAUAGCAAAGACCCAACUGCGGCGUCGAGUGACAGCUCACCUCCCGCAUCUGCAAAGAAAGAAAGGGUGCCAUGGAGCGCUGCUACACGUUACAAAUCAUCAGCGCUCCCUGCUUCUUAUCCAGAUUAUGGCCCACUACCAGAGCAUCAAAUACAAAGCAAUCGCGUUGCGAGCAGUCCGAUAGCUACACCCGCGCCACCUAACUCGACCGCCCCAACUGCGACGUCGGGUGACGGCUCAACUCCCGCACCUGCAAAGAAAGCAAGGAGGCCAUGGAGCGCUGCUACACGUUACAAAUCAUCAGCGCUGCCUGCUUGUUUUCCAGAUUAUGGCCACCUACCAGAGCAUCAAAUACCAAGCAAUCGCGUUACCGCGAGCAAUCAAAUAGCUACACCUGCGCUACCUAGCUCGACCACUCUAACGGGCCCAAUGAAAAACACCUCUAACACUAGGGGGCCUGAUUCUCGAUCUAACAAUAAUAGCUACUCAGUAAACAGGCGAGCUGAAGAUCGAACUUCAGAAUACAACAUGCCGGCAAGGUCAACUGGUAACAACAACAGGAGGACGAACAACUACAAUCAGGAACCUAACACAAGCGAUCACGGCCUUCCUAGGCGGCCUGAAUGGUCCGAGAAUAGAUGGCCUAGCCAUUACUCUUUAUCUUCUCGCACACAGAACUUGAGACACCACAACUAUAAUAAACCUUCGAGUGCCUGUUCGCCACCCGCAUUGUUGAAGCAUGCUGAGCUGUACAACCCUUCCCCAAACCCCACAUCCUCUCAAGUAACUAGAUACGGUGAUCCAGGAUCAAAUUUGUACCAGUCUCCAACGUCUCAACAAGCUGGUUACGAGUCUAGUUCUGCAAAUACUUCUCAAUAUUCAUCGUCCCAGAUCCGUCAAGCUACUUCUCAACAUCCCGACCACUACACCCGACCUGCAAACGAAAAGCCUACAUCUACGUCAUUCCAAUCCGCUGGGCUGUCUAAUUUAACCAUACAGUCUCAGUCUUUUGAACAAACAUUGUCUCAGAUAGAUAGGGCAGCGUCCUCAAAACGUAAGGCUACAUCUCCCCAGCCAACUAUAGAAGGCAACCCGGCAGUGAAUUCAAAACGCCAGGCUAUAUCAUCUAAGUCAGGUGAGGACAACAAGCAAUCUAUAGCAUUGACGCCGCAACCUCCUACUGCCGUUCCUGAUGCAAAACUGAGGGAAGGCGUCAAUUUUGCCAUUCCGCAACCAAUGGUGACCGUACUUGUUGGAUCGGGAGCCAAUCUUGCUAAAUUCUUCCUCCACAAGAGCGCGACCAUACAGUCGCCCUUCUUCGACAAAGCUUUCCAAAAAGGACCCAAGAGUUUCAUCGAACGUGAUAAUCAGACUAUGGAAUUGCCUGAUGUUGAGGUUCCAAUCUUUGGAGUUCUUGUGAACUGGCUCUACACACAAAAGGUUGAACUGGCCGACGAUCGACCCUUAACAUUGCUGGAGGCUGCCAAGCUGUGGACCGUCGCGGGUAGAUGUCUAUUCCCCACCCUCCAAAACAAGGCCAUGGAGUUGGUAGCGAUCAAGUUGUGCAGCGUAAAGGAUGGCGAGCCGACGGAGGAAGAAAUGAAGGAAUUCUGUCACUAUGCUUAUGAAACCGAGGAGUAUACCCUCCUGAAGAAAAUGGCAGCUGAGCAGAUGACCAGAGUCGUUAAUGAGGGUAAUAUAGAUAAGUGGCUGAAAGAGUUCCCGAUGGCUAUGAAGGAUGAUUUCACCAAGGCUCUUGUCCGGGAACUUGCCGCAGUUCCUGAUCACAAGGUUAUAGGCCACUCCUUACUGAAGUAUUUUGUAGAGGAGUCCGAAUGGGACAUUCGUGUGUAG